AUGAUGUCGACAGUAGGAGAUUGUGGUGUGACAUUAGUAGUGGUAGCAAUGGUGGAAACGAAGUUGACGGUGAUGACGACCGGGUGUCGAUCGACGGUGGAUAUGAAAGUAUUUUCAUCAGAUCUUGUCAGAUAUGUGUUUCCGUUGGCUGCGACAGUGAUGGACGAAGGUGGUGGUUAUCACCGCUCACCGGAGCUCAUAAAUCUUGAGGAGAAAUGUGGUUCGUCGGUGGUCGUAGGCGGCAACGGUAUGCCGACAGUAGGAGGCCGGGACAAGAGGGGGUGGUGGCUAGUGGCUAUUGGUGGCAAUGUUUAUGUGUUCUUCAAGUGGCGAUUGACGGUGGAUAUGGAAGUAUUUUCAUCAGAUAUUGUCAGAUACGUGUUUCCGUUGGCGGUGACAGUGAUGGACGAAGGUGGUGGUUAUCACCGCUCGCUGGAGCUCAUAAAUCUUGAGGAGAAAAUGGUAGAUCUGAAGACGAAAAUGCUGAAAACUGUAAUUCUGGAGCCAACCGGAGCUUGUGGAUCUGAUGGUGGUGGUUCGUCGAUGGUCGUAGGCGGCGACGGUACGCCGACGAGUAAUCAAUCUGUCGCCUUAAAUCAAGUUGCUUUGGAAUCCGAUGAUGUUGUACAGCCUGUUCAAAAGGAUGUGAUCUCACAAACAGACGAAAGUUUUACACCCUCAACAGUUGAUAAGUCAACCGCAACAAGUCCUUGCAAAAUAUCAGGUGAUUUGAAGCGCAACCUCCAAGAAAUUUAUGAUGUUGAUUCUGGAUAUGAUUUAAGUUCAACUAAGGCUAAAAGAAAGUCAACCGCAGAGGAAACUCCACUCUUGAUUCCAAAAAUUGAAAAGUGA